AGUGAGCUUUCAUCAUAUGACUCUUGACAACAAACCUAAACGUCUCUCAAAUUCUAUGUUCCCUAGUGGAUAGACAACAACCAGGAAGAGAUGUUGUGUUCUUGUUGGAUGGAUCUGAUAGUACAAGGAGUGGAUUCCCAGCUAUGCAAGACUUUGUCCAAAGAGUAGUAGAGAAACUCAGUGUGGACGACAACAAAGACCGUGUCUCAGUGGUGCAGUACAGCAGAGAUCCAACUGUCAAUUUCUAUCUGAACACAUACACCACAAAAGCAGAAAUCCUUGACACCGUCAGAGGUUUGAGGCACAAAGGUGGAAGACCCCUCAACACUGGAGCAGCUCUCCAGUACUUGAGGGAUAAUGUCUUCACAGCCUCUGCUGGAAGCAGGCGCCUGGAAGGAGUUCCACAGGUCCUGUUAUUGCUAAGUGGUGGAAGGUCUUUUGACAGUGUUGAUGCACCAGCCUCUGCUCUAAAACAGCUGGGUGUCUUGACCUUUGCAAUUGGAACUAGGAGCUCUGAUAGCGGAGAGCUGGAGAAGAUAUCCCACGGUCCCAAUUACGUUCUAUCUGUGUCUGAUUUCACUGACCUUCCCAGUAUCCAACAGCAACUUCAGUCCUCGGUGGAGGCUGUGGUUAUAGACGUCACCCCACGAACACCAACUGUCCUUGUUGACACUGCCAAAAAGGACAUUGUGUUCCUUCUGGAUGGCUCAGAUAGCACAAGGAAUGGCUUCCCUGCCAUGCGUGAUUUUGUUGAGAGCGUGGUGGAGAAACUCAAUGUGGGAGAGAACAAAGACCGCGUCUCUGUAGUACAGUACAGCAGAGAUGCAGAGGUCAAUUUCUACCUGAAAACAUACAGCACAAAAGAGGAUAUUGUCAAUUCGGUUAGAGGGUUGCGACACAAAGGAGGCAGACCCCUCAACACCGGGGCUGCCCUCCAAUACGUCAGAGAUUAUGUCUUUACAAACUCCUCCGGGAGUAGGCGCCUGCGGGGUGUUCCACAGAUGUUGAUCCUGCUAAAUGGUGGAAAGUCUUUUGACAAAGUAGACAGUCCAGCCUCCGCUCUCAAACAGCAGGGCAUCGUUGUGCUUGGCAUUGGAACAAGGAACUCUGACAGUGGAGAGCUGAGGAAGAUAUCAUAUGACCCGAGUUACGCUCUAUCAGUGUCUGAGUUUACUGACCUCCCCAGUGUCCAAGAACAGCUCUCCUCUGUAAUGAGCACAGUGCUAGUGAGAGCUACGCCGGUAACACCAACAGAAACGGUGGAUAGACAACAACCAGGAAGAGAUGUUGUGUUCUUGUUGGAUGGAUCUGAUAGUACAAGGAGUGGAUUCCCAGCUAUGCAAGACUUUGUCCAAAGAGUAGUAGAGAAACUCAGUGUGGACGACAACAAAGACCGUGUCUCAGUGGUGCAGUACAGCAGAGAUCCAACUGUCAAUUUCUAUCUGAACACAUACACCACAAAAGCAGAAAUCCUUGACACCGUCAGAGGUUUGAGGCACAAAGGUGGAAGACCCCUCAACACUGGAGCAGCUCUCCAGUACUUGAGGGAUAAUGUCUUCACAGCCUCUGCUGGAAGCAGGCGCCUGGAAGGAGUUCCACAGGUCCUGUUAUUGCUAAGUGGUGGAAGGUCUUUUGACAGUGUUGAUGCACCAGCCUCUGCUCUAAAACAGCUGGGUGUCUUGACCUUUGCAAUUGGAACUAGGAGCUCUGAUAGCGGAGAGCUGGAGAAGAUAUCCCACGGUCCCAAUUACGUUCUAUCUGUGUCUGAUUUCACUGACCUUCCCAGUAUCCAACAGCAACUUCAGUCCUCGGUGGAGGCUGUGGUUAUAGACGUCACCCCACGAACACCAACUGUCCUUGUUGACACUGCCAAAAAGGACAUUGUGUUCCUUCUGGAUGGCUCAGAUAGCACAAGGAAUGGCUUCCCUGCCAUGCGUGAUUUUGUUGAGAGCGUGGUGGAGAAACUCAAUGUGGGAGAGAACAAAGACCGCGUCUCUGUAGUACAGUACAGCAGAGAUGCAGAGGUCAAUUUCUACCUGAAAACAUACAGCACAAAAGAGGAUAUUGUCAAUUCGGUUAGAGGGUUGCGACACAAAGGAGGCAGACCCCUCAACACCGGGGCUGCCCUCCAAUACGUCAGAGAUUAUGUCUUUACAAACUCCUCCGGGAGUAGGCGCCUGCGGGGUGUUCCACAGAUGUUGAUCCUGCUAAAUGGUGGAAAGUCUUUUGACAAAGUAGACAGUCCAGCCUCCGCUCUCAAACAGCAGGGCAUCGUUGUGCUUGGCAUUGGAACAAGGAACUCUGACAGUGGAGAGCUGAGGAAGAUAUCAUAUGACCCGAGUUACGCUCUAUCAGUGUCUGAGUUUACUGACCUCCCCAGUGUCCAAGAACAGCUCUCCUCUGUAAUGAGCACAGUGCUAGUGAGAGCUACGCCGGUAACACCAACAGAAACGGUGGAUAGACAACAACCAGGAAGAGAUGUUGUGUUCUUGUUGGAUGGAUCUGAUAGUACAAGGAGUGGAUUCCCAGCUAUGCAAGACUUUGUCCAAAGAGUAGUAGAGAAACUCAGUGUGGACGACAACAAAGACCGUGUCUCAGUGGUGCAGUACAGCAGAGAUCCAACUGUCAAUUUCUAUCUGAACACAUACACCACAAAAGCAGAAAUCCUUGACACCGUCAGAGGUUUGAGGCACAAAGGUGGAAGACCCCUCAACACUGGAGCAGCUCUCCAGUACUUGAGGGAUAAUGUCUUCACAGCCUCUGCUGGAAGCAGGCGCCUGGAAGGAGUUCCACAGGUCCUGUUAUUGCUAAGUGGUGGAAGGUCUUUUGACAGUGUUGAUGCACCAGCCUCUGCUCUAAAACAGCUGGGUGUCUUGACCUUUGCAAUUGGAACUAGGAGCUCUGAUAGCGGAGAGCUGGAGAAGAUAUCCCACGGUCCCAAUUACGUUCUAUCUGUGUCUGAUUUCACUGACCUUCCCAGUAUCCAACAGCAACUUCAGUCCUCGGUGGAGGCUGUGGUUAUAGACGUCACCCCACGAACACCAACUGUCCUUGUUGACACUGCCAAAAAGGACAUUGUGUUCCUUCUGGAUGGCUCAGAUAGCACAAGGAAUGGCUUCCCUGCCAUGCGUGAUUUUGUUGAGAGCGUGGUGGAGAAACUCAAUGUGGGAGAGAACAAAGACCGCGUCUCUGUAGUACAGUACAGCAGAGAUGCAGAGGUCAAUUUCUACCUGAAAACAUACAGCACAAAAGAGGAUAUUGUCAAUUCGGUUAGAGGGUUGCGACACAAAGGAGGCAGACCCCUCAACACCGGGGCUGCCCUCCAAUACGUCAGAGAUUAUGUCUUUACAAACUCCUCCGGGAGUAGGCGCCUGCGGGGUGUUCCACAGAUGUUGAUCCUGCUAAAUGGUGGAAAGUCUUUUGACAAAGUAGACAGUCCAGCCUCCGCUCUCAAACAGCAGGGCAUCGUUGUGCUUGGCAUUGGAACAAGGAACUCUGACAGUGGAGAGCUGAGGAAGAUAUCAUAUGACCCGAGUUACGCUCUAUCAGUGUCUGAGUUUACUGACCUCCCCAGUGUCCAAGAACAGCUCUCCUCUGUAAUGAGCACAGUGCUAGUGAGAGCUACGCCGGUAACACCAACAGAAACGGUGGAUAGACAACAACCAGGAAGAGAUGUUGUGUUCUUGUUGGAUGGAUCUGAUAGUACAAGGAGUGGAUUCCCAGCUAUGCAAGACUUUGUCCAAAGAGUAGUAGAGAAACUCAGUGUGGACGACAACAAAGACCGUGUCUCAGUGGUGCAGUACAGCAGAGAUCCAACUGUCAAUUUCUAUCUGAACACAUACACCACAAAAGCAGAAAUCCUUGACACCGUCAGAGGUUUGAGGCACAAAGGUGGAAGACCCCUCAACACUGGAGCAGCUCUCCAGUACUUGAGGGAUAAUGUCUUCACAGCCUCUGCUGGAAGCAGGCGCCUGGAAGGAGUUCCACAGGUCCUGUUAUUGCUAAGUGGUGGAAGGUCUUUUGACAGUGUUGAUGCACCAGCCUCUGCUCUAAAACAGCUGGGUGUCUUGACCUUUGCAAUUGGAACUAGGAGCUCUGAUAGCGGAGAGCUGGAGAAGAUAUCCCACGGUCCCAAUUACGUUCUAUCUGUGUCUGAUUUCACUGACCUUCCCAGUAUCCAACAGCAACUUCAGUCCUCGGUGGAGGCUGUGGUUAUAGACGUCACCCCACGAACACCAACUGUCCUUGCUGAGACACAAGGUCCCCGGAAAGAUGUCGUUUUCCUCGUUGAUGGAUCUGAUGGUGUUGGACGAGAAUUUCCUAUCAUCCAGGAGUUUAUCCGCAGGGUCGUGGAUACUCUCAAUGUGGGCGAAAACAAGAUCCGGAUUGGCGUGGUCCAGUAUGGUGACUCUGCCGAAGUUGACAUGUUUCUGAAUACACAUACAACCAAAGAAGGUGUUUUGAAUGCAAUCAGGGUAAUGAGGCAGCGAGGGGGAAGACAACGUAACCUUGGUCAGGCCUUGCAGUUUGUCAAUCAAGAUGUUCUGACAGCUGCCCGUGGUAGCAGGAAGCAAGAGGGUGUACCGCAGUUUCUUAUUGUCGUCUCAAGUGGGUCUUCCACAGAUGACAUCAAUAGGGCAGCAUCUUCCCUCAAACAAUCCAGAGUUCUUCCCUUCUCCAUUGGGACCAGGGAUGUCAACCCUACAGAGCUUCGGGUGGUGUCCUACGUGCCUGACUUUGCCUACGGUGUAGAUGAUCUCCCUGGCCUGUACACAGUCCAAGAAAACUUAAUCACCAAACUCACUGAGUUGUCAGAUGAUGACAUCAACAGUUUGGUUCCAGUAUUCCCAACCACUGAAGUAAUCCCACCAGUACCCACAGGAGGAGAAAAGAGGGAUGUCGUAUUUCUGAUUGAUGGCACAACAGCAGUGCGUAGUGAGUUCCCUUCCAUCCGUGAAAUGAUAAGAAGAGUUGUGGAUAAGCUGGAUGUAGGAUUGGAUAAGGUCCGAAUUUCAUUGGUACAGUACAGUGAUGACCCGAAGCUAGAAUUCCUUCUGAAGGAAUUCUCUACCAAAGAGGAGGUACGACAGGCUCUGUCAAAAGUGCGAAUCAAAGGUGGAAACCGUCUCAACACAGGUCGUGCUCUUGAGUAUGUCUACAGAAAUGUCUACCAAAGAUCAGCGGGAAGCCGCAUCGAGGAUGGUGUGCCUCAGUUCCUGAUUCUAGUUACAGGUGGCAAAUCUUCUGAUGAUGUAUCCACUGCAGCUGAUCAACUUAAAAGAAACCAGGUGGCACCUCUUGCAAUUGGUUCAAGGAAUGCAGACGCUGAUGAACUGAGACAGAUUUCCCUGAGGCCUGACCUGGCAUAUACAGUUGACAGUUUCCAGCAGCUUCCAACAGUGGAAUCACAGCUCCUCGAUUCAGUGAAAACAAUAUCAACCACUGACAUCAUCAGCAGUUAUGUCCCUCCCUCAGUGGACUUGGGCCCAACCCUAAAUCUUGGGAGAAAAGACAUCAUCUUCCUUAUUGAUGGCUCAGACAAUACAGGUGCUGCUGGAAUUGCACAUAUCCGUGACUUUAUCCAUAACAUUGUCCAACAACUUGAUGUACAGCCUGAUCAAGUGCGUGUUGCUGUUGUCCAGUAUGCAGACAGAGUAAAGACAGAGUUCUCACUCAACUCUCACAACAACAAGCCAGCUGUUGUUUCUGCUGUUAAAAGACUUCGUCAGAUGGGUGGCCGGUCAUCAGAUCUGGCUGAUGCCAUUGAAUACGUCAUAAAGAAUGAGUUAAAACCCGCUGCUGGUGUUCGUCCGGAAGCCUCCCAGCAUCUUGUGGUUCUCACAGGUGGACGUUCCCCCCAAGAUGUUGCUCUUUAUGGACCUCUGCUCAAGGGCUCCCGGGUCAACUGCAUUGGUGUUGGAGCCGCUGGUGCUGACAGAACGCAGCUCAGCCAAAUUGCCACCACCUCAUCUGAUGUCCUUCAGGUUCCUAACUUCCCUGGCCUGUCUUCAAUCCAGCAGGGAGUUAUUGAGAGGCUGAGAACCACCGCUGAUGAAAUACCCACAGAAUAUCCAACAUCACCAGGCGUGCCAUCCAAAAAGGCUGAUAUAGUGUUUUUGGUGGAUGGCUCCAUUAACUUGGGCAGGGAUAACUUUAAAGAAGUGAUGAUGUUUAUCACCAACCUAAUUGAUCUGUUCUUCAAUGAGCAAGACAACCUGCAGAUUGGCUUGGCACAUUAUACCACAGAUGUUACUGAUGUAUUCUACCUCAACACAUACAAGAACAAGCAAGACAUUGUAAGUGCCAUUGGCCGAGCAGAAUACAAGGGUGGACGUAGAAUCAACACUGGUGCAGCCAUUCGCCACAUUGAAGAUGUUUACUUUACCAAAGAAAAAGGCAGUAGGAAGGACGAUGGCACUCCUCAGAUCCUAAUGGUUCUUACUGGAGGACGUUCAGCUGAUGAUGGAAAAACAGCAGCUCUUGGUCUGAAGAAAAAAGGUGUGAGAGUCUUUGCUGUAGGAGUGGGCGACAUUGAGGGUGAAUUAGAAGACCUAGCAAGCGAGUCCUCCACUGUGGCUAGAGCAAGCACCUAUCUGGAACUUUCCGAGCUGAAUGAACAAAUCCUGGAGACUUUGGAUGAUGAAGUGAAAGGGAAGUUGUGUGUCGGUGUGCCAGAAAAUACUAGAACCUGCAGCAUGGAAGUGUUGGUGGGUUUUGAUGUUUCUGAGCAAGACAUCUUCAGUGUUCAGACCAACCUCCAGAAGAGGAUGGAAGCCAUUCUGAAGAGGAUCUCUAAAAUGGCAGCUAUCAGUUGCUCAUCUGGGCUGAUUCCGUCUGUCCAAGUGGGCAUGCUGGCCAUGGACUCUAACUCUAAUCCUGUUCAGAUUGACUUCACAGAAAAUGAUCAAGUACUCUUUGAGGCCUUCAGAGCCCUACAGAGGCGUGGCCCCUUUGUCCUAAAUGGAAAAACCAUCUCAGCUUACAUCAAUAGGUUCAAAACCAGACAGGACAACGUUGUCAAGGUUGUCGUUCACCUGACUGAUGGUAUUGACGCCCAAUAUGCUCAAUUGAAAAAAGGAGUUGAGGAGCUUCGCCAGUCAGGAGUGAACAGUUUCAUUCUAGUUGGGCUUGAGCGGGUGCCCAAAUUUGAGGAGGCUUUGCUGCUGGAAUUUGGUCGCGGAUUUAGGUACACCAGACCCUUAGGAGUCAAUGUCAUGGACUUGGACUAUGAGCUGAUGGAAGAGCUGGACAAUAUUGCAGAGAGAGAGUGCUGUGCAGUGCCGUGCAAAUGUACCGGUACCAGAGGAGACCGAGGAGCAGUUGGACUUCCAGGACCAAAGGGUGGUCCCGGAUCAGCAGGAAGCCAAGGACAUCCUGGAGAUGAGGGAGGACCUGGAGAGAGAGGUCCUCCAGGUGUGAAUGGAACUCAGGGUUUCCAGGGAUGUCCUGGACAAAGGGGUGUCAAGGGUUCUCGUGGCUACUCAGGGGAAAAGGGUGAAUUUGGAGAAAUUGGGCUUGAUGGCAUUAAUGGAGAAGAGGGCAAAAGUGGAGUGGCUGGAUCCCCAGGAGACAGAGGAAACCCUGGCAUUAGAGGUCCCAAAGGUCUCAAAGGACAAAGUGGAGGGAUAGGAGAACAGGGAAUCAGAGGAAACCCCGGUACAAGUGGACAAGAUAACACCAGUGCAGGACCUAAAGGAGACCCUGGUGAUGCAGGACCGGCGGGAGAGGCUGGUGAGGACGGAAAGAAGGGCGGCCCCGGUGAACUUGGAAGAGGGGGACCUAAUGGCAGAAGAGGCCCACCUGGACAGGCUGGAAAUCCUGGAAAGCCUGGAGCAGAGGGUGUACAGGGUGAGCCUGGUAUUGGAGGAUCUAGAGGUCCAUCUGGACCGAUAGGUACACCGGGACCCAGAGGAGAAGAUGGAAACCCUGGACCCAGGGGUCCCGGAGGUAUCCCAGGUACGGCUGGAGAAAAGGGAAGAAGAGGAUCUCUUGGUCGCAAGGGCGAGCCAGGAGAGCCAGGACCUAAGGGUGUUGUUGGACCUCUUGGUCCCCGUGGAGAGCCUGGUGAAGACGGCAGAGAUGGGUUUGGCGUUGCAGGGUCUAAAGGAAGAAAGGGUGAUGAGGGCUUCCCAGGAUUCUCAGGACCAAAGGGAGCAGCUGGUGACCCCGGCACAAAGGGCGGCCCUGGACCCAGAGGCAAUCUUGGCCAGAGGGGUGUCUCUGGGAAUAUAGGAACACCCGGACAGAAGGGAGAGGUUGGACAUCCUGGGCCAUAUGGUCAGAAAGGACCGAGGGGACCGGGUGUUGUGCAAUGUGAUCUGGUUAAGAAAAUCAGAGAAAACUGCCCUUGCUGUUAUGGUCAGCAGGAAUGUCCUCUCUACCCCACUGAGCUGGCCUUUGUCCUGGAUAUCUCAGAGGGCGUUACCCGCCCAGUUUUCAACAAUAUGCGUGAAACAGUCCUGCGCCUGGUCCGAGACAUCACCAUCUCUGAGAGUAACUGUCCCAGAGGUGCUCGUGUCGCUGUAACCAUGUACAACGAUGAGGUGACCACUGAGGUCCGCUUUGCCGAUGCAAUGAAGAAACGUGCCCUGCUGCAGCGCAUCGAGGGACUCCAGACCCUGCAGACCCGAAAGCAGCGCAGCUUAGACACAGCCAUGAGCUUUGUGGCCCAGAACACCUUCAAGAGAGUGCGCAGCGGCUUCCUCAUGAGAAAGGUGGCCAUCUUCUUUGUCGGCGGGACAGCCGGCAGAGCCCAGGAGAUUACUAAUGCAGCUCUCCGCCUCCAUGAUGCUGGAAUCGCCGCCCUGUUCUUGGUCAACCGUGAAGACAGAGUACUCAGCAGAGCACUGCAGGUCAACAACACAGCACUGGCUCAGGUAAUUGUGCUUCCUGGCCCUGGAAGUGCACAGUACAACUCAGUCAUCCAGAAGGUGAUGAGCUGCCACGUCUGUUUCGAUGUCUGCUCUCCGGACCAGAUGUGUGACUAUGAGCCCCCAUUAGCUGGCCGAGGCAGGAGGUCUCCCACCACAGACGAGGACAUCGACAUGGCAUUCGUCAUGGACAGCUCAGAGUCAACCUACCCAACUGUCUUUACUGAAAUCAAACGCUACAUCGCUUACAUCGUUGAGCAGCUCCAAGUGUCUUCAAAUCCCAAAACAUCUGCUCACAACCCCAGAGUGUCUGUUAUCCAGCAAGCACCGUACGAGUUCCGCAACAACAAUACUGGCUCUCCAAUCCGUGUAGACAUCGGUUUGACCCAGCACAGCUCAGCUCAGGAUAUUGUCAAAUUCCUGCUGGAGAAAACGCCACAGUUAGAGGGUGGCAGGGCACUGGCGGCGGCUAUCGAAUCGACCUUGGAGCAGGUGUUUGAAGUGGCGCCUCUCCAACGUCCCAGGAAAGUACUGUUGCUCUUUGUGACAGGAACUGUGGAAGGAGAAGAGGAGCAGCUGGUGCGUAUUGCGACUGAGGUCAAGUGCAGAGGCUACUUCCUGGUGAUCCUGGGUGUGGGUGAGACUCUGAGCGCUGGUGAUGCUCGUGUAUUGUCACGCAUGGCCAGUGAGCCGUCGGAUGUCUUCUUUAAGCGGCUGGACACCAUCUCACAAUUUUACGACAAACACAUGCAGACUUUCGGACAGCUGCUGCCAAAGUACAUCAGCAUUGAAAAUGCUUUCUACAUGUCCCCUGAAGUCUCUAAAAACUGCAAGUGGUUCCAGAGUGACGAGCCCCUGAAAAACCCCUUUUCAUCAUCACACCAACAGGAGAAAUAUCACAAACAUCAUGAGAACCAACAGACAGUUCAUCAAAGAAAGCACACUGAUGUAGAUGAGCUGCAUGUCUCUAACGUGACCUCCAGCAGCCUGAAGUUGCGUUGGACCAACCCAGACUCCAAGCUCUUUGUCUACUUUGAGGUGACGGUGACCCGGCUACAUGACCACGCCCUGGUGCUGAAGACAAACGUGUCAGGCACAGACCUCUCCGUGGACAACUUGGAGAGUGCUCAAACAUAUCACGCUGUGGUCACCGCCCACACUGCAGAGGGACAGAUUGUCUCCACCCGCAAAGGCAUCAUGACAACGAAAGCAGCAGAGCUUAAGCCAGCCAGCCAGAGCAGCAGCACUGUAAACACUGCACCUUUGGACACACCAGAAACUGUUAAUGAAUUUGCAGACCAAUGCACACUUGACUAUGACGCUGGAAUGCCGUGCAAAGACUAUCAGGCUAAGUGGUUCUUUGACAGAAAGAACGGGAUCUGUACACAGUUCUGGUAUGGAGGUUGUGGAGGCAAUGACAAUAGGUUCGACACUGAGGCCCUCUGCCUGAAAAACUGCAUGAGGUCAGUGCCAGAUCCCGAGCCAAGCGUGCAGCAGGUUGAACAGGUGGAGAUCCUCCCAGAUCCUGUGGACUCUACAGCUGGGGACAUUUGCCAGCUUCCCAAAGAGGAAGGCACUUGUGCCAAGUUUGUCCUUAAGUGGCACUUCGAUGCCACCAGUAAGAGCUGCACGCGCUUCUGGUAUGGAGGCUGCGCUGGGAACCAAAACCGCUUCGAUACGCAUCAGCAGUGUGUGAACGCUUGUGGAAAACCAGCCCCCCUCAAACAAGGAGUCCUCGCUGCGAUGAGAACAUAGGACCCACCAUGGCCAGCUUCCUCCACACCAUCCAUAAUGGCCAUACUGUAAGGAUGCAAAACCAAAGCAAGGGUGGCUGCACUGGAUUCCACAAAAAUGGACUUUAUGCCCCAAAUUCUUGAAGUACUUUUUUAAACAACAAGAAGGAAGCAACACGAUUUGCUGCAUGAUUUGUUUUAACCUACUGGUGCUAAGUAGUAUGUUUGUUUUACCGAUUCAUUAAGUGCAUUCUGGAACAAUCGCAUCAUCAGAGUUUUUUUAAGACUUUUAUAAUUAUUAAAGAAACUAUGAAUAUUUUGGACAGAGAUUAGUUGUAACUGAGUAGAUGCAGGACUGGCUCUAUUACAUUCAGUUAUCUUUUUUAUGUAUUUUUGAAAUUUCACAUUCACAUAGCAACAUUGGCUUUUACUGACUCUUGUGUUUUAAAACUCACUUGAUCCCUGUGGAAUCAUAGCUUCACUAUUUUACAGUCACACAAUCCACAGUAAUGUUUACACAAGUCUUAUGUGUGUAUAUAAAUGACAAUGACCAAACAUAAUGUAAUCUUAAGUGCACUUCUGGAUCCACUGCCUCAAACACACAAGUUCCAGCUAUCGAGAAAUAGAAUGUACUUGUCAAGCUGUUUUUAUUUUUGUUUCAUUUGAUUUCAACUGAAAUUUGUGUUUUAUCUGGGUAUAGGGGAAAUAAACACGAAAUAGACUUUCUAAUAAACAUGAGCAAUUCAUUA